AAAUCAAUCAAUCCACAAGAGAAAAAAUAAAGAAAAAGAAAAAUACAAAAAAUGGAUUUUCAGACAGUUCAAGUGAUGCCAUGGGAAUAUGUUUUAUCUUCUCAAGCUCUUAGUGGCUAUCAAGAGAAUCAUGUUCGUUGGUCUCAGUCUCCAGAUUCUCACACUUUCUCUGUUGAUCUUCCUGGGUUUAGGAAAGAAGAAAUAAAAGUUGAGAUCGAAGAUUCGAUAUACUUGAUCAUACGAACGGAGGCGACCCGUCCAGAUCAGCCGGUGAAGAGUUUUAAGAGGAAAUUCCGUUUGCCGGAAUCAAUAGAUAUGAUCGGAAUAUCAGCUGGUUAUGAAGAUGGUGUGUUGACUGUGAUUGUACCAAAGAGGAUUACGACAAGGAGAUUCAUUGAACCUUCUGAUGUUCCUGAAAGUCUUCAACUACUUGCAAGAGCUGCUUAAAAACGCGUUAUUGUGCUUCCUUGUACCCCACGAGUUCGAUCUUUGUUUCUAAUUAUCUUUGAAAAAAAGAAUGUGUAUUUCUUUCUUGGUAGCGAACCAUUAUGUGUCCAUGACCUUUGUUCCAUA